AGAUUUGUCUCUCUCACGCGAAGCAGUCAGCUGACAACAACCGGAGCUGAGAGAGAGAGAGAGAGAGAGCGAGAAUCAGAAUCAUUUGCGCAGAGAGAAAUUGAGAGAGAUGAGGCUGUUCGAUCCAUGGCCGGUGUUCUUGAAGAGGGAAUGGAAACGUUGCUGGCCAUUCCUCACCGGUUUCGCCGUCACCGGCGUCCUCAUCACCAAGCUAACCGCCGGACUCACUGAGGAAGAUGCGAAGAACUCCAAGUUCGUCCAGCAACACAGGAGGUAA